AUGGCUACCACUUCACACAUGUUUAUGUACUCCUUGACAAUCCAGCCACCAACUGCGAUUACACAGGCCAUUCUUGGUCAAUUUUCAGGGACUAAGGAACAACAAAUUGUCACGGCAUCCGGCUCCAAAUUGACCAUCCACCGCCCUGAUCCCUCACAGGGCAAGGUCACGCCGAUUUUUUCACAGGAUGUCUUCGGGAUCAUUCGCACUCUGGCCGCGUUCAGACUGGCUGGAAGCAAUAAAGAUUACAUUAUCAUCGGCUCGGACUCGGGUCGUAUAACCAUUAUCGAAUACAUUCCCGCACAGAACCGCUUUAGCCGCAUCCAUUUGGAAACAUUUGGCAAGUCAGGGAUUCGCCGGGUGGUGCCAGGUCAAUACCUGGCGGUGGAUCCCAAAGGACGUGCCUGUCUGAUCGCGUCCUUGGAGAAGAACAAGCUGGUCUAUGUUCUGAACCGCAACUCGCAGGCGGAACUCACCAUUUCGUCGCCACUGGAAGCACACAAGCCCCAGACUUUAGUGUUUGCAAUGACAGCACUGGAUGUCGGUUAUGAGAACCCUGUUUUCGCUGCCCUUGAGGUAGACUAUUCCGAAGCCGACCAAGACCCCACUGGUCAGGCAUACGAGGAGCUGGAAAAAGUGUUGGUGUAUUACGAACUUGACCUGGGUCUCAACCAUGUUGUCCGCAAAUGGUCUGACCCGGUUGACCGCACCGCUAGCCUCCUGUUCCAAGUACCGGGAGGCGCCGAUGGCCCCAGUGGUGUCUUGGUGUGUGCAGAGGAUAAUGUUACGUAUCGACACUCCAACCAAGAUGCAUUCCGUGUUCCUAUUCCGCGUCGGAGUGGUCCCACGGAAAACCCAGAGCGCAAACGGUCCAUCGUGUCGGGAGUCAUGCACAAAAUGAGGGGCGCCUUCUUCUUCCUUCUCCAAACCGAGGAUGGGGACCUGUUCAAGCUGACGCUCGGCAUGGUUGAAGAUGAUAAUGGCCAGUUGACCGGGGAAGUGAGCUCGCUGAGGAUCAAAUACUUUGAUACUGUGCCAGUCGCCACAAAUCUUUUGAUUCUUAAGAGUGGAUUCCUCUAUGUCGCGAGUGAAGCCGGAAAUCAUCAUCUCUACCAGUUCGAAAAGCUUGGCGAUGAUGAUGAAGAGAUUGAAUUUUCCAGUGACAACUUCUCGGCUGAUCCAUCUAUUCCCUGUGAGCCGGUUUACUUCCAUCCUCGUGGCGCCGAGAACCUCAAUCUCAUGGAGAGUUCGAACUCCUUGACACCGUUGAUUGACAGCAAGAUCGCCAACCUGAGCGAGGACGAUGCCCCUCAAAUCUACUCAGUCUGUGGCACUGGAGCUCGGAGCACGUUCCGAACUUUGAAGCACGGGCUGGAGGUGUCGGAGAUCGUGGAAUCGGAGCUCCAAACGGUGCCCUCUGCUGUGUGGACGACCAAAUUGACGCGAGCCGACGAAUUCGAUGCCUAUAUUGUUCUUUCAUUCGCCAACGGUACUCUCGUUCUGGGAAUUGGAGAAAUCGUGGAGGAGGUUACCGACUCCGGGUUCCUUUCCACGGCACCUACCCUCGCCGUGCAGCAGCUUGGCGAAGAUUCUUUGAUUCAAGUCCACCCCCGGGGCAUUCGUCACCUGCUUGCAGACCGGCGAGUGAAUGAGUGGCCUGCCCCACAGCAUCGGUCCAUUGUAGCUGCAGCUACAAAUGAGCGCCAGGUCGCCGUGGCCCUCAGUUCCGGUGAGAUUGUUUAUUUUGAAAUGGAUGUAGAUGGGACUCUGGCCGAGUACGACGAGCGACGACAAUUGACCGGCACAGUUACCUGCUUGAGUCUGGGCGAGGUCCCCGAGGGCCGUGUUCGCAGCAAUUUCCUGGCUGUUGGGUGCGACGACUCGACCGUCCGUAUUCUGAGUCUGGAUCCGGACUCCACUCUGGAGAACAUGUCCGUUCAAGCCUUGACAUCUGCCCCGUCCGCUCUGAACAUCAUGGCCAUGGCCGACUCGAGCUCAGGAGGCACGACCCUUUAUCUGCAUAUUGGCCUCUACUCUGGUGUCUAUCUCCGCACUGUUCUGGAUGAAGUGACCGGUGAACUCUCGGAUACCCGAACCCGCUUCAUCGGAGCGAAGCCUGUCAAGCUGUCGCAGGUGUCUGUGAAGGGCCAAACGGCCGUCCUGGCUCUGAGCUCUCGUCCAUGGCUUGGGUAUUCCGACAUCCAAACCAAAGGCUUUAUGCUUACGCCAUUGGACUAUGUCGGCCUCGAAUGGGGCUGGAAUUUCUCCAGUGAGCAGUGCGAGGAGGGCAUGAUCGGUAUCCAGGGCCGAAAUUUACGGAUUUUCUCUAUCGACAAACUUGAUAACAACAUGCUCCAGGAGUCUAUUCCUCUCUCCUACACCCCCCGCCGUUUCUUGAAGCACCCGGAGCAACCUCUCUUCUAUGUCAUCGAAUCCGAUAACCAUGUCCUGUCCCCUGCCACACGCGAGAGACUCAUUCAAGAUUCUCAGGCAAAGAAUGGCGAUGCUGCUGUUCUCCCCCCGAAGAAUUUGAUCGUGGACCCAAUCACUGCCAAAUCCGUGGUUUUCACCCUGGACCUUGAAGACAAUGAGGCGGCCGUUAGCAUUGCUGCUGUGCCGUUCUCGAGCCAGGAUGAUGAGACUUUCCUGAUUGUGGGAACUGCUAAAGACAUGGCCGAAGAUGGCCGGGAACUGGAGUUCAUCCACAAGACCAAGGUCGAUGAGCCGCCCCUCGCCCUUCUUGGAUUCCAGGGUCGUCUUAUUGCGGGCAUUGGCUCUCUCCUUCGCGUGUACGAUCUGGGAAUGAAACAGCUUCUCCGCAAAUGCCAGGCACAUGUUGUCCCCAAGACAAUUGUGGGUCUUCAGACGCAGGGAAGCCGGAUUGUGGUGAGUGACAUUCGCGAGAGUGUUACCUAUGUCGUGUACAAGUACCAAGAGAACAUUCUGAUUCCAUUUGCGGAUGAUUCCAUCGCGCGCUGGACGACCUCGACGACCAUGGUUGAUUACGAAACAGUUGCGGGGGGCGACAAGUUCGGCAACCUGUGGCUGCUGCGCUGCCCCGGUAAGAUUUCCGAGGAGGCGGAUGAGGAUGGAUCUGGGGCCCAUCUCGUCCACGAGCGGGGCUACCUGCAUGGCACCCCUAACCGCCUCGAGCUCAUGGUUCAUUACUACGCCCAAGACAUUCCGACUAGCUUGCACAAGACCCAGCUGGUGGCUGGUGGUCGAGACAUCAUUGUGUGGACCGGGUUUCAGGGCACCAUUGGCAUGUUCGUUCCGUUCGUCAGCCGUGAAGAUGUGGAUUUCUUCCAAAGCCUGGAGAUGCAGCUGGCAGCGCAGCAGCCCCCUCUAGCUGGACGAGACCACUUGAUCUAUCGCAGUUAUUAUGCGCCUGCCAAGGGCGUCAUUGACGGCGAUCUGUGCGAGUUGUAUUUCCUCCUGCCUAAUGACACGAAGUUGAUGAUUGCGGCGGACCUUGAUCGGUCUGUGCGGGAGAUUGAGCGGAAGAUUUCGGAUAUGCGAACGAGGGUGGCGUACUAG